CAUAAGCGGUACGGAUAUAGGCUUUGCAAACUUUAGUGCCGGCCGGUUUUCACGUACCCAUCCAUGUUCACUUUGUAUAUUCGAGUCAAACCCGAACACGAUCGAUUCGCAUCCCCCUUCCUGACUUGCCAUCAGACAUGAUGCUCAGGCGCUCGGGGCGUGUCCGCAAGCCUCCGAGGUGGCUGCUGCUGUCCUCUGUUCCCGUGGAACCCCAAGAUCAAGCGAACAGUCAAAAUACUCGAGCUAGUGAGAAUCGUCAAGAGCUUGCCAUGCAAGAUCAAGGUUCUGAUAGCCGAUAUUCUCGGGACAGAAGCCAGAGCGCUGAGCGGUUUGUGGAACACGGCAAUGAAUAUGUACAGCAACAGGCUAUCAUCCAUACUGCCAGCCGGUCACCUAGCAAUGCAGAGAGCCAUCCUGUGACUGUGAUCUCGCAGAUUGAAGCCAUCUUCGAGUCGAUUGCAGUCGAUAUACAGCAGGGCAGGGAAUUAACUAUUCCGUAUUGUCGUGUCAGAGGCACACGUGACAUCAACAGCCGGCUAAGAUUUCCAGGACGCAGUGUUUCUGAGGCAAGGUCGUUUGCCCGGGUACUGUGCAUUCUGGAGAUGUCACACCAGGCUCUCAUAAGUGGCAAUAUUGUAACAAAAAGGAACAUAUUUUACCAAGCCAAAGCUCUAUUCCGCGACCAAGCUGUUGUUGAUCGACUGGUAGAUGAUGUGGCAUUCACACUCGGAGUUGGGCGACAUUCAUUGAACAUUACCGCCGCUGGCAAGGGUCUGGUCAUAGGGCCAAUUUCCUUUGUCCUCAAUGAUGGCACGAUGGUCUCUUGCGACCACAUGCGGACUGAGGGAACAAUUAUUUGCUCAACAGAAGGACUAGGUCAAAUUGAGUUCCCUUCCGCAUGUUGGGUCUUGAUUAUCGAGAAAGAAGCAACUUUCAGGACUCUUGCGUCUUCCCAGUUCUUCAGGAACUCGCGCGCCGGGCCGGGUAUCAUGAUCACAGCAAGUCACCGCCCUAAAAGCUAUCCGGACCUCAAUACGAGGAACCUGGUGUAUUGUCUUCGAGACGCGCGUCCGUGGAUCCCGAUUUACACCUUGGUCGAUUAUGACCCUGACGGGAUCAGAAUACUGUGCACGUAUAAAUACGGCAGCUCUUCUUUGGAGCACGAGAGACGAUCGGCUGUGAACAGCAUCGAGUGGAUAGGAAUUCGCUUUUCGGACGUCAAACAGCACUAUCUGAGACCAUGCAACAGUCUCUUGCAGGAUGAUGGCUCCCAAAUCAACAUUGAAGCACACUCAAGAUUGGACGUAGUACAGGUCAGAAGUCGGCCAGGAUUUUCUAUGCCACGACAGAACGAUUUCGAAGCAAGCACGUCCCAGCUGACAACCAGGGACCGUAAACUUGCCCAUGAGAUGGUUUCAAGGCUAUCUGGAUCAUUAGAUAUGAGGGGAGAACAUGAAGAGCACUUGCGCGAGCUUCAGGUCAUGCUUAUGCUCAAUGUCAAGGCCGAGAUACAAGCUGUUGACAAUCUUGGGGAUAUUACCGAGUGGAUUGACAACAAACUUUGCGCCCAGCUGAUGGGUGCAUAGCCAAACGAGACUUGGCUACCGGUCCGAUGCACAUGGUUAGAAAUGAGACCUAGACGAGACAAUAUAAUCUUGAA